UAUUAAAAAGUGGUAAAGGACUUUUCUACUCAGUUUUACUUAAUUUAUCAAUCCACGAAACCACGGGCGAUCGUUACCUGACACCCUGUAUAUACCCAGAUAGCACAGGUAGAAUGGAUUAACUUAGUAGUUAACAAUAUCGAGAUAAUGUAUAUAUAAUUGCAAGCUUUAUUUAGAUUUACUAUUACAGAAUAUAACAAGUUUGAUAUUUUCCAAUUAUCUAGUAGACUUAACAAUAAGCUAUUAUUGAUAGUUUUGUGGUAUUGUAUCUUUAGUGAUAGAGGAAAGGAGUUAUAAAUAUAUUAUACUUCUCUGAUAUCUUACGUAUUCUUAUAUAAAAUGGUGAACAUUAAAUAAUUUAGGAAUGUAAUAUGUUACAAUAGAAGAAAAUCAACAUUAUGUUGGUAGUAAAAUAACUAAUGACUACCAUAAACAUGCUUCAAACAUACUAAUAUAGCUGAUAUGUAAGAUGUAUUAGAAGAAUUUAACAUAAUAUCACAAUCAAUCAAAUACUUUCGGGAAAAUGUAUAAACAAUAAAAUCAGAGCUUUAGAAUGUUGCAGUAGAAUAUGAUUUACCGAAUAAAGUAUAUUAUAAAAAAGAAAAUAUAAUAUACUAAUAUUUAGCAGUAUUUCUUAAAUAAAAUGAAUAGCGUACUGUAACUUAUUAAAACAAUUAUGCCUCAAACUAAUUACGUUCAGAAAAAGAGAGAAGUAAUGUAAUGAGAUUUAAAGUAUAUUGUUACAGCGCAAAAGAAUCUGCACAGGUAAGAUAAUAAAUUAAUGAAUAUAUUAUAAAUGCAUUUAACAAUACAUGAUAGAUCAAUAUUAAGAGCGUAUUACGAGGCUCUUAUACAAUUGCCAAAUAAGUAAUAUAUUUUCGAAAAAUUUUAAGCAAUAAUAAAAGUUGUUGGUAAAUGCGUAGUUUUUUUUCAGUCUGGACGCAAAACUGGCUGAGAUAGAACGCGUCUUUGUAAACAGAAAAGUUAACUGGUGAAAUAGUGAAUAAUGGAGAAGAAAGUGUUAGUCUACAAAAGAAUAAAAGCAGAUACUUUGUCUGAGCGACAAAAGCGUCGACGUCGUCAAAUGCAAAUUAAGUCUAUUAAAAUAAAUGUUAUUACUAACAGUAAUUCCAAUACUCAUCGUCUCAAGAUCGUAUUAAUCAUAAUGAGCAUGCAGUUGCGAUUUCUACAAACAAUAAAAGCUAAGCAAUAACCAAUAUCGCGGUAAAUGAAUACUUAUUUGAAGAUAAUGAAGCGACGAAUAAAGUUGACAGUAAUGAUGAACAUAAUUAUUAUACUUUAUCAUCUGAUUCAAAUGAUAAUAAUAAUGAUAAUAACAAUGACAGUGAUAGUUGUUAUAGUGAUAGUAACAAAUGAUUUUUUCAUUGAGAGGGAAAAUAUUGCUGAGUUUAACAAGGAAUUGACUUUUGCUGAAAAAUUAGCCGAUUCAUGUUCAUACCAACAUGAACCAUGUACAAAUUAAUUUAAUUCUAUCUGUUUUGCGUCAACAUAAAUGCUUCGCCAGAUUGCCUUAAGAUGCCAGAACUUUGUUGAAAACGCCACGGCAUCGUAUAGUACCUUGAAUCGUAAAAAUCGCGGGGAAUAUAUUCAUAUUGGAAUUAAACUUAACAUUAUGAAUAUACUUUCGCAAACUGCAAAUACAGACAUACCAUCAACAAUCUUACUUGACUUUAGUACUGAUGGAGCUAAUAUAUACAAGAAUGUUCAGUACGAUAUUUAUCCUAUACAAUUUAGAAUUUACAAUAUUUCCGAUAGAAGUCUUAUGAUUGCAGGAUUGUAUGCAGAAAAAAAGAAACCUGCUGAUUUCUUAGAUUUUUUUAAAGAUUUUAGUGAAGAGUUAUUAAGUAUUAGGAAAGGAAUAUGUUACAAAAACAAAAUAAACAAGGUGAAAGUAAGGUGUUUCAUAGCUGACACACCCGCAAGAGCUGAUUGCUUAAAUAUUGUUGGACAUACGGGUUUCAACAGUUGUAAUAAAUGCAAAAUACCUUGCGAAAGACGUAAAACUGAUUCAUCAGUCAUUCUUAAAGGAGAAAAUUGUCCAGCAAGAAGUGACUACGAUUUUCGACAACUUAAAGAUCCUGAGCAUCAUCGCGGUAAAUCUGCAUUGGAUAGUUUACCCUUAGGACCAGUAAGUCAAACACCGCAUGACUACAUGCACUUGGUGUGUUUAGGACUUAUGAAAAAGAUAUUUGAAGCAUUAAUAGAAGGAAAAUUUCAACCUAAAAAAUUAUCGCCAGAUGUAACAUCACGAAUUUCAAGUCGCCUGAUUACUUUUGCUGAAUACUGUUCAAGAGAGUUUUCCCACAAACCAAGAAGUUUAGAUUAUUUACAUCGUUUUAAGGCAACAAAAUAUCGGCAAUUUUUACUCUAUACAGGACCAACUAUUAUGCUGGAUUUAUUUGGAGAGGAUAAGCGAAUAAAGCAUUUUUUAAAACUGCACUACGCUAUACGAAUUUUGGUUUCUCUCAAUGAGAGAUUGAUGAAUGAAAUUGAUAUGGCCGAAGAUAUAUUACGACAGUUUGUAUCUGAAAGUGCUGAUAUAUAUGGCAGAAGAUUUUUAUCUUAUAAUACGCAUAGUCUUUUGCAUUUGGCGAACGACGCUUGUAAUUUUGGACCAUUAGAUCGUUUUUCAUGUUUUCUAUUUGAAAAUAAUAUGACUUUUCCCGAAAAUGGUACGAAAACCUUCUCAAGAAUUGCAACAAAUAUAUAAAAGAUUUGAAGAAAGGAAACAAUUACAAUUAUUAGUUCAAUUACAAUUAUAAGCAAAUUUCUUCUAUAAAAAUCGCACAUGCAACGUAAAAAGGAAUAGCUUUUCAGUACAGUCAUCCGACCACAAUAUUACUAAACAAUGUUCGAAGAUUAAAUAUCGAGAAUUUACAUAUGAUUUACAUAAACGUAACAAUUGUUGUAUUUCAUGUGAUGGUAAUGUGUACAUAUUAAGAAAUAUACUAUAUGUAAACAACACAAAUAGUUACCAUUUGAAAGUGCAGAAAUUUCAGGAAGUGGAUUCUCUAUAUAACGUUGAUGAUUUAGACUCUCGAAGAAUUGGAAUUUUUAUAUGUUUAAAAUUACCCAAAGAUUCCAUAAUAACUUCACACGAAGAAAUAAAGUCUAAGGCUUUUAAAAUGGCCUUUUGGCACAACAGUGAAAAAUUUUUUAAAGAAGGAAUUAAUGUGAUAGUACAAUUAUUUGAGGAACAGUAGUUAUUAAAUUAGCACAAGAUAAAUUUUAUUAAAUUUCAUUAAACUAAAUUGUUGUAAAAUUGUGUAUUUAAUAACUUCAUUAGUUUUUAAGUUAAGUAAAAAAGUUAAAUUGCUAAACAAAAAUAUUAACAAUAAUUGAAUAUUUUUAAACGUCCAAUAAUUAAUUUUAUAUAUUGAAAUAAGUUAAUUUAGCAUUUAUACCAUUUAUAUUAAGAUUCAAACUGUACAUAAUUCGCGCCAAUUUAUUAGACUAAAUCGAACAGCCAAUCAAAAACAUGACAAAGUUUACUUUCUUUCCGAUUUGCGCCUUGCGGCGCAUGGCGCUCUAGUAUAACAUCAUGUUUCAGUCUCGCCUCGCGACAAAAACCAUUUGAAUUUUGAAACACGUCGAGAGAAGUCUUCAGUUUACUAGACUUUCUUUCUUGUUGAGAAGAGAAGUGCAUACGUAACCGAAAUAAUAAAUAACGAAAACACAUGUGCCUCUCAAAUGGACAACAUUUAUUCUCUGAACAAGAAUAAUUAUCCGUUAGCAACAUGUAGUACAGAUUGUGGAUAUUUUAACGAUAUUCAAGAACAACAAUGCAGUGCUCUAGUGAAGCUUACUAAUGUCAUUCAUCAAGGUAUACAAUUACCUUUCAACGAGUGUUGUACAAGAAAUAGGCAAGAUAAAUAAGAAAAGAAAUGCCGCUAUUAAUGGUGAACUAUUGAAUGCAAAGCAAAUGCGACGAAACGAUACCAAUAAUUCUUUAUUAGGAUAAGAUGAAUCUGAUGAAUCUGACGAAUCUACAUCUGAUAUGAAGGCAAUAAGAGAAUCUCUACGAUUUUUAAAGGAGGAUGUUUGUUCCAUAAAAGCAAGUGUCAAUAGACUUGAAAGAAAAUUUAAUUUAUAAACUGAUUUCCGAACAACCAUAAAUGAAAUUGGAUUACCGAUAUCAAGUAGACAGGCUUACGUGGCAAUAGAUGCAGACAAUGAAAAAAUAAUUGCACUGCAGGGAUAUAUGCAAUUUAUAGGAGGAAUUAAUUUACGCGACACCCUUAGCGAAUUUAUGAAAGCAACGUUUAUUGAUAAGUUUGUUGCAAAAAACAUUACAUGUAAGCAAGGAAAAGGAGAUAAAUUGCAUUUCAGGGAGCGAUAAGUGUGGUAAAUAUGGAGCUGCCAGAAAUAUAACAAGUCUCAUCGAUGUUACUUUUAAAAAAUAUUUGGAAGAAAUAAAAACAGCAAUAAAAAACGCCUUCCAGCGAUAUUAUAUGAUGACAAUUGUACGUCCAUUCAGCGUUCAAAAAUCGACUGGAAAAGAGAGGGCAAUCCUGGCUAGAUAGCCUAAUUUAAAA